AUGCCCCAGACAGACGUCCUUAUUGUCGGCGCAGGGCCUACAGGCCUUGUAUUAGCUCUAUGGCUUUAUAAGCAAGGCUUGAGUUUUCGAAUUAUUGACGAAGCAGAAGCGCCAGCCCCAAACUCUCGUGCGCUGGUCGUCCAUGCGCGGAUCCUGGAAUUGUACCGUCAACUAAACCUCGCAGAAGAUAUUUUAGCUGCCGGAUACAAGAUCCCAGCAACAAAUAUAUGGGUUGAUGGCCAGCACCGCGCGCAUAUCUCAUUGAAGGACUUUGGCAAUGAGUUGACUCCAUAUCCUUAUAUGCUGGCGAUACCACAAGAUGACCACGAGCGCCUUCUCGAGAAAAGACUGAACACUUUGGGCAUCUUUGUUGAGCGAUGCACAAAACUACAGAAUUUCGUGGAUCGCGCGUCAUCCAUAACUGCAACACUACUCCAAGACAAUAACGAGACCACAUGCGGCGCUGCUUACAUUGUUGGCUGUGAUGGUGCACACUCUACAGUUCGGCAUAUUAUCGGGGCUAAAUUUGAAGGCGAUACGUACAUUCCGCUGUUCUACAUUGCCGAUAUCAAUGCCAAAGGAAAUGAGAGCCCCUUUUUUAAUGGCGAAGCACAUCUGGCAUUUGUGGAAGAGACAUUCAACCUCAUCCUUCCAUAUGAACAGGGAGGACGUGUACGGCUGAUUGGUACUAAAGUUGACAAAGACAAUAGCAAUGAUGGGCAGCAACUCAGCAUGUCAGCAAAUACCCCGGAGCUCACAUUUGAAAAUGUGCUGCCCGACAUUGAAAAGACAUUAAGAGUUGCCAUCAAAGAUGUCAAGUGGUUCUCACCAUACCGCAGCCACCACAGGGUCUCCGAAAAGUUCCGCAGCAAUCGCGCAUUUCUUGUCGGAGAUGCUGCCCACAUACACAGUCCAGUAGGUGGCCAGGGCAUGAACACCGGCAUCAUGGAUGCCAUAAAUUUAGCAUGGAAGCUCGCUACGGCAAUCAAAAAGCCUAACAUGUCAGAAGAGUCUAAAAACAAUCUUCUCGAUUCAUACGAAACCGAGCGCCGAGCCUUCGCGCUUACAAUAGUUGGUGCCACAGACCGAGGUUUUACUGCUCUCACUGCACCAGGAUUCCUCCCGCAUAUGCUUCGCUCCUGGAUCAUCCCAUACGCCGCACCACUAAUCACACCGUUUCGGUCUGCGCGCAUGGAAAUUUUUCGACGUGCGUCUCAGCUUGUCUGUACCUAUAGGGGAAGUCCCUUGAACCUAAGAAAUCAUAGCCCGGGAAUAGUACAGCCAGGUGACCGCUUGCCAUGGACUAGAACCGAAUCGGCCGACAAUUUCUCGACAUUACACGACAUUAGCUGGCAGCUUCAUGUAUACGGUGACCAGCGACCAGAGUUGGUGGAAUGGUGCUGCAAGAUGAAUGUGCAGUUCUUUGGAUUCAAGUGGAACUCCAAUUGUGGUUUGGUUGGACUGAAGAAAGACUUUGGGUAUUUGCUUCGUCCGGACCACUAUAUCGCUGGGAUCCUUGAAGGCGAUUCCAUCGAACAGGAAUUGGAUGAAUACUUCUCCAGUCAUGUACUCCAGUGUUAG